AUUUCUUUCUCGCGAUGUAAACCCCACAAUGGAUUAUAUUUUAUCCUAUUAGCGGGUUGUACUGAUAUAAAUGAUACCUAAUUUGAUUUAUUUAAAUAUUCUAUUUCUUUAAAUAAAAUUAAUGCAACACUAUACACUUCUGGAGUGUUUGUUAUCGUAUUAUUGCACGUUUUUAAAAGUAACGUUAUAAAUUACGGUGACCAACAUUUUUAACCCUCUUUAUACAAAAAAUGGCCACAUCAACUGUAUUACGAGUAAAACGAAGACUGCAGGACAAUCCCCAAGACGCUCUGGUCCUGGUUUGUAAACGCCGUAAGACUGAUGUCGAGGAGAUAUCACCUUCAUUGUUUGUUUUCAGAGGAACUGUGGAUAAUCAGGAAACCUCACAACUCAAAACCAUUGUGCCAAAAACAGAGAUUAAAUUGAAACCAAAAACGGAUGUUGAUGAUAUUAUCAAGAAGAUUCGACAGGAGCGGAAGGAAACAGCUUCAGAAAAUAGAUAUGCUAUAGUUAACUUCAAUAGAGGAGUUAAAGACGAAGAUGAUAUUAAUUUAGUGGAUUUAGAAGCAACAGGACAUGAUGGGGAUGAUGUGAAAUUCACAUAUGACUUGUAUACAGCUAUAAAAGAGGAUUUUGAUAUAUCUAUGCUCGAUAAUUUGGUGAGCAUCGAGAACUACGAAACAGACCUCAUCCUAGGCACAUACCACAAUGAAUCAUCGGACGAGGCUGAUGAUGAUGAUGACUCCAAUGAUGAGAACAACUGGCGGAAUGAUUAUCCGGAUACAGAAGCAAGUAGCAUCGAUGAAGAUGAUAUGAUUGCGGCUAUGAAGCGGUGUGAUAUAGAUGACCUCUCAAGCGAUGAUGGCGAGGACAAAAUAUACAACGAUCCCCCGGACCUAUUCAAUGAGGACGUCAAAAGAUACGGAGCGGCCUACGCCAAGUAUAAAGCCAGAGUCAUAGCCGAAGAAACAGAAGUCCAAGAUAGCAAAAACCUCGUCCAUUGUUCCAGAAUAAAGGAUUUGGAUGAGGAAUCUAUAGAUGGUUAUAAAGAUGAUAGCGAUAAUGGUUUUUAUUAUGGCCAAGAAGAAGAUACGGAACAAUUUUGUGAACAGUAUAGUGAUGAUGUUUAUAACCCAGAUUGAGUAAUAAAUUGAUUGUUUGUAA